UUCCGACGGCGAAACGUCACCAUACGAUUUGCAUACUAUAAGGCUCAUAUCCAUUGGUAAUUUGCAUAUCAGGCGUGGUGUUUAUACGUUGGCUGUCAGAGGAGCAUAUUUUUUGAGUGUUAAACUCCCAAGUUCCACGAGGCUUGCUGUAGCUUCCGUUCAAGAACUCGAGCUCGCAGCAUGCGGAUUGAGGAACUCCCAACUCUUGCUGUCAGAUGCGGAUGAAGAGGAGGAUGUUGUGAAGGCGCACUUCGCAUCCAUUUAACUAUGCCGCCUACGUAUGGUUCGACGAAGCCGGGCUUUUCAGACGACGCCUGUUCCUUGCCUCGUUAAAUGGUACGCCGCAUUGAGAGAGGCCCAGGACGAUUCAGACGCGACUGCUCCUCUGUGUCUGUCCAAGAAGGGCAUCUACUACGCAGGCCGACUGUCACCACAGCUGGUUAGCCGCUAGGCAGCUAUUGCUAGCAGGUUUGUCCAAGGAAUUCCAGAACCUUCAAAAUGAUUAUCAAGGCAUGGUGUUUCCCAAUACAAUUGAAAUUUCCCAGCUCUGGUUGAAAUCCACCACUGACUAACAAUUGACCAAUCAUCACGGAUGACGUGAAAUACAAGACGUGGUCAAGCCAAAAUGGAGAAAAAGAAACCGUGCUCACGACUCCUCGACUACUUGGUGGUGGUUGGUGCAAGGCAACCAAGUAGCGAUAGUGUGGCCCAGACCCCUCAGCUCCUCCGCCGAUACCCACUGGAGGACCACCAAGACUUUCCACUCCCACCGGAUGUGGUCUUCUUUUGCCAACCAGAAGGCUGCCUUAGUAUACGCCAGCGUAGGGUUAGCCUUCGUGACGACUCCUCUUUUGUUUUUACUCUGACUGACAAGGACUCAGGAAUUACUCGCUACGGAAUCUGUGUCAACUUUUACCGAUCUUUUCAGCGUGGGCAUCACCGUACCCGUGUGGACAAGAGUGGUCAAAUAGAGACUGCAACACAAAGCGGGGACAGCACGAGUGAAGGCUCUGAUGGGAGUACUGGAGGCCAGUCUUCUGGGUUAUCACCAUCCAACAAAGCUGAGUCGGUGCCUCAGUCUGCUUCUGGAGAGGAUAGUGAACCACCCACUACUAAGCUAAAUGCUGGAAAGGCUGCACAACUCAGGCGAAAUGAAAGGAUGGCUGCCAGGAAUCGCAACAGUACAUUGACCUCAUUGUGUAUACUCAGCCACUACCCGUUCUUCUCCACCUUCAGAGAAUGCUUAUAUAUCCUCAAGAGGAUGGUAGACUGUUGCAGUCAGAGGCUAACGCAGCGUGCUGGACUGCCCCGUACAUUCCAAAGAGACACCAUGUGGCGGGUGUUCACUGGGGCACUCUCAGUGGAAGAGAAGGGCAGCCAGUUGUUGGCUGACCUGCGGGAAAUUGAAUCCUGGAUAUACCGGUUGCAACGUUCACCCAUACCAUUGGCAGGCCAGAGGCGUGUGGAUGUGGAAUUGCUGCCCCAUGAAAUGAAACGCCCCCUCACCUUUGCACUGCCUGAUAACUCCCGUUUCUCAAUGGUCGAUUUUCCCUUGCACUUGCCUUUGGAGUUGCUGGGUGUGGAUGCCUGUCUUCAGGUUCUUUCUUGUGUCCUGUUAGAGCACAAGGUUAUCCUCCAGUCAAGAGAUUACAAUGCUUUAUCCAUGAGUGUAAUGGCAUUUGUGGCCAUGAUCUAUCCUCUGGAGUACAUGUUCCCUGUGAUUCCUUUACUGCCAACAUGCAUGGCCUCAGCUGAACAGCUUCUUCUUGCGCCUACACCCUACAUAAUCGGUGUCCCAGCUAGCUUUUUCCUUUAUAAAUCUGACUUCAAAAUUCCAGAUGAUGUGUGGCUUGUGGAUCUGGACAGCAGCAAGGUUAAAGCACCUACAAAUGCAGAGAUUCUACCACCUCUUCCAGAGCCUGAAGCUGGCGAGCUAAAGAAACAUCUGAAGCAGUGUCUGGUUAGGUUGACCGUGAUCACCCAAAAGCAGAUCUUCUCCCGUGAAAAUAAGGCCUUGGCGAGUAUGAGUUUGAACACCCAGCCCAUUUUGAACCUGGAGAGGUUCCAGGAAGGUCAGGAAAUGCCCCUGCUUCCCCCUGGACGUGAUAAAGCUUCACCAUCAUCCACGGAGUUCAACCCCCUCAUUUAUGGCAAUGAUGUUGAUUCUGUGGAUGUAGCCACCAGGGUGGCCAUGGUGCGGUUCUUCAACUCUCAAAAUGUUCUCCAUGGUUUUCAAAUACAUACACGGACCUUGCGCCUCUUCCCCCGUCCUGUGGUGGCUUUCCAGUCGUCGUCCUUUCUUGCGUCUCGGCCAAGACGAUCUAGUUUUGCUGAUAAGCUUUCCCACACCCAGGCAGUAGAGUUCUAUGGAGAAUGGUCUCUUCAUCCCACUAAUCUAGCGUUUCAGAGAAUACAUAAUAAUGUUUUUGAUCCAUCCUUAAUUGGUGAUAAACCUAAGUGGUAUGCUCACCAGCUCCAGCCAGUAGUUUACAGAGUUUUUGAUGGGAGCUCCCAGCUGGUUGAGGCUAUGGCAAGUCCAUUUGAGGAUGAGAGCAAUGACUCUGAGCCCACUGACAGUGGUAGUGACAGUGAGGCGUAUGAUGACUCCAGCUCAUCCUAUUCCUCACUUGGAGACCUUGUGAGUGAGAUGAUUCAAGGAGACAUUCAGGGAGACACACCAAGCCUACAACCACAUACCCAUGCUGCCCUGGGAGAUGCAAGCGAAGUGGAGUUUCCAAAGUUCCAGGACUUAAGAGAAGAGGGUCCAUCCGGUGGGGAUGUUCCGGAAGAAACAUUCGAUGGGCAGCCCCUUCGCUCCAGCUCCAGCACGACUGCAAGCUCCAGUCCCAGCACAAUCAUCCAGGGAGUGAACCAUGAACAAGGGGAAGCACCUGAUAGUGAAGCAUCAGCCGGUUCUGGCCCACAGAACCCAGUCCUAGGAGUCAGCAGCCAGCCGUCUCUCAGAUCAGCAACUGAAACUGGCCUGGUGGACCAGGCUAUGAAAAAACGAGAGUAUGACAACCCCUAUUUUGAGCCUCAAUAUGGCUUCCCCUCUGAAGAUGAUCCUGAUGCAGAAGAGCAAGUGGAGUCAUACACCCCUCGAUUCAACCAGAACCUCAAUGGCAACAAGGCACAGCGUCCUUCACGUCCCAGUAGUCUAAGGCUCCCUGGGGAGUCUGAUGGAGAGGGUGACAGCUCACCAAACUCAACCAUUUCCAACAGCAGUAAUGAUGGAUUUGGGGGACUGAUGUCUUUUGCAAGUAAUCUUUACAAGAAUCAUGGCACCAGUUUCAGUCUGUCCCAUCUUGCGCUACCAAACAAAGCUGCAAGGGAGAAAUCGACACCUUUCCCCAGUCUCAAAGAAUAUUUAAAUUUUGAUAUUGAGGAGGAGCUGGACCAAGCAGAUGCACCUGACAGUCCGGUAUUUGGGCUAAAUUCUCUAAUGGAGAUAAUAACAGAGGCCGGCCCGGGGAGCGGAGAAGGUGCACGUCCACCCCGGCCACUUGUGGACCAGAAGUCUUCUGUUAUCAAGCACAGCCCAACGGUGAAGAGGGAAUCACCUUCUCCACAGGGUCGCAUCAAUAACACAAGUGAAAACCAGCAGUUUUUAAAGGAGGUUGUACAGAGUGUCCUGGAUGGACAAGGUGUCGGCUGGCUCAAUAUGAAAAAGGUGCGCCGCCUGCUGGAGAAUGAACAGCUCCGCAUCUUUGUUCUGAGUAAACUCAACAGAGCCAGCCAGUCAGAGGAAGACUCCAGACAGGAGAUAAUUCGAGAUGUGGAGGUAAGCAGGAAGGUGUACAAAGGCAUGCUGGACAUAUUGAAGUGUACAGUAUCCAGUUUGGAGCAUUCCUACAGUAAUGCGGGCCUCGGAGGAAUGGCGAGUGUCUUCAGCUUAUUGGAGAUAGCACGCACACAUUAUCAAACUAAAGACCCUGAAAAGCGCAAGAGAAGCCCGACAGACAGUGCUGGCAGCCCGGGGAGUAAAGAGAGCCCUUCUGCUCGUAUGGAGACAGCUAGACCACAAGGUCUUCUGACCAUUCCUCAUCUGCAGCUGCCACAUCACACAACGGGCAGAGGAGCCCGCCAUUUUGACACCCGGAGCCUGAAUGAAGAGAACUUUAUUGCCUCGAUUGAAUUGUGGAGCAAGCACCAGGAUAAGCAAAAAUCUAUGGAAAAACCACAGAGAGCUGAAGGAGCAAAGCAGCAGGGCCCCCAAGUGACUGAUGCAGAGGAGAAGAAAUCUCAGAUGAGUGCUGACAGUGGUCUCAGUGUCACCUCGGGAUCCCAGAAAAGUGACACAGAGUCUGUAACAAGUUCCGAACCUCCCAUCUUAACAAGAAGUACCAGCCAAGACUCAGAGGCGAGCACAGUGAUAAGCAAUAGCUCUGGAGAGACUAUGGGUGCUGACAGUGACCUGAGCAGCACAGUUGGAGAUGGCCUGGGUGGGAGAAGUGCUUUACAUUUAGCCCAGUCCAGAGGGACCCUCUCUGACAGUGAGAUUGAAACAAACCCUGCUACCAGCUCAGUUUUUGGAAAGACUCACACAUUGAAACCUGGUGCAAAAGAACAUGCGUCUGCAAUGGCAAAGGGGGUGCCUACUCAGCCAAUGGAGGACAUCAGUAUGAGAAUCUAUCUUUGCGAAGGCCUGUUGGGCCGUGAUAAGAGCUCCGUUUGGGAUCAACUAGAGGAUGCUGCCAUGGAAACCUUUUCGCUAAGUAAGGAACGCUCCACGCUGUGGGACCAGGUGCAGUUCUGGGAGGAUGCUUAUUUGGAUGCUGUCAUGUUAGAGCGUGAGGGGAUGGGAUUGGACCAGGGACCUCAAGAAAUGAUUGAAAGAUACUUGUCAUUGGGAGAACAUGAUCGCAAGCGUCUGGAGGAUGAUGAGGACAAACUCCUAGCUACCCUGUUACACAACAUGAUUGCAUACAUGCUCAUGCUGAAAGUGAGCAAAAAUGACAUCAGGAAGAAAGUGAGGCGCUUGAUGGGCAAGUCCCACAUUGGCCUUACCUCCAGCCAAGAGAUCAAUGAGUUGCUGGACAAAUUGACCCAAAUGAAUGGUCGUGAGUUGUCUAUCAGGCCCUGUGGAAGCCGUCAUAUCAAGAAACAAACGUUUGUUGUACAUGCUGGUACUGAUACCACUGGGGACAUUUUUUUCAUGGAGGUAUGUGAUGACUGCAUAGUCCUUCGCAGCAACAUUGGCACAGUGUACGAGCGCUGGUGGUACGAGAAGCUCAUUAACAUGACUUACUGCCCCAAGACCAAGGUUUUAUGUCUCUGGAGACGUAACGGCCAAGAGACACAACUCAAUAAGUUCUAUACCAAAAAGUGUCGUGAACUAUACUACUGUGUAAAAGAUAGUAUGGAAAGAGCUGCAGCCAGACAACAAAGCUCCAAACCAGGUCCAGAGCUCGGUGGAGAGUUUCCUGUCCAAGAUAUGAAAAGUGGAGAGGGAGGAUUGCUGCAGGUCACGUUGGAAGGAAUCAACCUAAAGUUCAUGCACAGUCAGGGUCGCGGUGCACUGGAGCCUAUCCCAGCUGACUUCGGGCAAAAGCCGGACUACACCCUGAACUGGUCACCAGCGAGUUGCAGGGCACAUACAGGCACAGACAUUCACACCAUCCUUGAGUGGGAAUUGAACCCAUGCUGCCCGCACCAGUCAGGCGAAUCUCCCACUACUCCGUCAGUGGCUUAGAAGAAAUGUUCCCAUAUGAAUCAAUUCAAAUUGCUCCAGAAUCAAACUGUUGCCAAAACUACAACCUUGACUAAUUCCAAUGUUUUAGUAACAUUUUAACAUUCUUCGUUAAUAUGCUCAUUACCAGUUCAUUUAUAAUAAAGGUUAAAAGAGUGAGGAGUAUAAUGGAACAUUUAUAUAUCAGUUAUACUUCACAAUAUAUUGUGUAACUUGUUUUGUUGUGAUAUGCUAGACUUCUGUUGUUUGGUUGUGCUUUCAUUUUAUACAUUUGAUCAGUGUUUACUGCUCUCACAUCUGGAUGAAUUCUAACCAAUUGGCGGUAGUUUUGUACCGUGUUCUUUUAUUUAUACACACACACACAGUAUUGUAAUGACGUAAAUUGUACUCUGCCUUUUUGGCCAGAUCACCAUGAAAAAGCGACAUUGAUUUCAAUGGGUUUCUAUUUUCUGGUUGAAUAAAGGGUUGGAUUGAUUGAUCGAUUAAAUAUACUUUUCCUAUAUGAUGGCCGUAGUGGUAUCCUGUAUAUCAGUAGGCUCUUUUAGUAGCUUUUUAGUAUAACAUUUACAUGUGGUGUAGAAACAAAUAUGACACAUUUUGAACUUGAAACAUACCUUCAGUGUAUUGUAGUAGGCCUCCAUUUGAGAUAAAUUAAGUCUUCAUGUUGUUUAUGCAAACAUGCAGUGUAUGACCCUUAUUUUCCACCCAUUGACUACUUUAUCCUCUUAAUUCAUUUGCAUUUAUCACUAAGCAUCUAUAUAAGGCUACAGGGUAAUCGUGGCUCACCGACGGCCCAACAGCUAUAAUGUGUGUUCCAGUUCGCGGUGUGAGUCAAAAAGUAUUGGUCAGUGUGUGUGGGUUUUCUCUAAAAUCAUUUGUAGUGUGGAGUAGGUGGGCCUACUACACAAAUACUACACAAGUUUAGCCUUUAGGAUUGUUGGCCUGUCUGUUCAGGGGAGAGAAAUCAGUCAUAACACACCCCACACCACAAUAUCGCUCUGGAGUUUCUGGCCUGUGCUGUCUUUGAUCGGAAGGGAGGAAAAUUGCUUACAUUUUUCCUAUUUAUUAAAAAAAAAAAAAAAAAAAAAAAAAAAAAAACUUUUGACGCACGUUUGUCCCCAAAAAGUUUGUACCCUAGAUAUUCUGUCUUAUGCUGUCUUUGAGCAGAAGGUAGGGACAUUGCUCAAUUUUUUUCCCACAAUUUAAAAAUAGAAUUUAAAAAAAUACUUUUAACGCAUGUUUGUCCCAAAAAAGUUUGUAAACUUUGACUUCGGAGGGUCCACUGGACCUGAUCAUAUCAAAAUAAGAAUUUAUCUACGUGUCCUUGUUCAUAUAUCUUCACCAUUCAUUAACGUUAAUGUUGUUGUUUUUAAUUGUUCAAAAACUCAUUCAGGAGUCAAUCCUAUCGUAACGAGCGUCUCUAAAAAAAUUAAACACAAAAUGAUCAAGCACAGGUUUUUGUUCUGCAGUAAGUAUAAGGGGCAGUCAAAGAGUAAUGUGCCCAAUUUAAUUUUAACCUACUAAUAAUUGAUUUUUUUUUCUUUUUCUGAAAUGUUCACGUUUUUUUAGUUUAAAUGCUUGUUUCAAGGUUUAUUUAAGCCAGUCUUCUUCCUGUUCAGCCUUUUGCAAGUGACAUUGUUGGAUGCCCGUCAAAAGCAGAGAGCUGUAUUGAAUUUUUUGCUUUGGGAGGGAAACCUUCCAUUUUAUAACGGUUGACAAAAUGUAUAUGGAAUUAGGAUUAUGUCAUCAAUGAUGACACGUGAUUGUGAUGUCAUCAAUGAUGACACAUGAUUGUGAUGUCAUCAAUGAUGACACGUGAUUGUGAUGUCAUCAGUGGCGACUCUACAAUCUUCUCUGAUCAGUGCCUUGACCCGAGUAUUCUUCCCACGAUUAACCCAUGAAAAUGGUCUGUCGCUUCGUUGCUUGUAAAAAGAGGUCACUCAAAGCAGGCGCUUGUUCUUUGCCUUUGAUCCUGGACACCCACUUUUUGACUGUGAUGCAGCCUAUUGUAGCUUCCCCAUACACAUUUUGCAACGUUUUGAAAAUGUUUUGUUGUGCUACUACCCCUUCCAAAGCAAGAAAUUGAAUCACAGACAGCGCUUAGCUUCUGACGGACUUCCAACAAUCACCUCAUUUGCAAAAAGGCUGACAGGAAGAGGACAACCUUUUUUUAAAAUAAGAUUUCAAACAAGUAUUUAAACUACAACCUGAAAAAAUGUCAAUCCAUAGCGAAUAGUGAAAUUGGGUUCAUUACUUUUUGCCUGCCCCCUCAUACAAUGUCGGAGGGGACGUCUCUACAAUGCUGCAGGAAUCAAGCAUCCCAUCAUUGACUGUUCUCGUGACUUUCUUGUGCUUGUGUGAGCGUGUGGUGCCAGCCCUUGUUGCUGGAGGAGGAGGCAUGGAGGGCUCUGGGGGUUGGAAAACUAAGGUGAAGCCAGCUUUUUACCACCCUAGUCAAGUGGUUGGUCCGGUUUUUGUCUCUAUAAUGGUUAGGGUACCGUCUUGGCUAGAUUCUCGACUAAGUUUGUACAAAGCUCCUGUGGACAGUGCCCCACCCAGAGUGCCAUUGAGUGUUUGUACUCUUCUGUCCCAUAAUAAUCCAAACCAUUUCUCUCCCAUGCUUUCUCCCCCUGCAAGGAGCGGAAGGUACACAACCUCUGCUGUGUUUGCUUCUUAGCAGUAACAUCUUAUGGGUUUCUUUUUGUUUUCUAUUGUUUCCUUUUACUCUUGUAGCUGUGUGUCCUUUUCUCUUUUUGUCUGAAAAUUCCAUGUAUGCAUCUAUGGGCCACAUUGCUUCAAAAUGAAUACUUUUCUAUUACCUUUUCAAACCGAAAAUCACUUGCUCUCUGAUGUGACUUCCAGUGCCAUUGUGAAGUAGUUGUUAGCUUUGACCAGUCCCACUGCAUUUAACUGUUGCCCAUGUAUCAUGGAAACUUCUCAUAUUGUGCUCCCCCCCCCCCCCCCCCCCCCCUCCCUUCCGUUGCUGUUAAAGCUUGCAUUCCUCAUGUAGCUUUUUUUUUAUUUACCUUUUAAAAUUAAUAAGGCAAGGUUUAACCUGGUUAUUUU